AUGGCAGCCUUCCUCUCCGCAGGCCUUGGGGUACUUGCAGCCUCCGAGACCUACCCCCUGCCCAUGAGCAGCUCCAGCUGGGAGCCCCGGCUGGUUUCUCCGUUCCCAUCAGGCCUUUCCACUGGCUCCACAGGGGCCCAAGCCAUGGGUGAGCCCGCCAGGCAGGGCCCCAAGAACCCGCACGUGUCCAGCGUGACGGUCCAGCUGGAGAUGAAGACUCUGUGGGAGGAGUUCCACCAGCUGGGCACAGAGAUGAUCGUCACCAAGGCAGGCAGGAGGAUGUUCCCCACCUUCCAGGUGAAGAUCCUGGGCAUGGACUCGCUGGCUGACUACGCCCUGCUCAUGGACUUCGUGCCCCUGGAUGACAAGAGAUACAGGUACGCCUUCCACAGCUCGGCCUGGCUGGUGGCCGGCAAGGCGGACCCGGCCACGCCCGGCCGUGUGCACUUCCACCCCGACUCACCGGCCAAGGGCGCGCAGUGGAUGCGCCAGAUUGUGUCCUUUGACAAGCUCAAGCUGACCAACAACCUGCUGGACGACAACGGCCACAUCAUUCUCAACUCCAUGCACCGCUACCAGCCCCGCUUCCACGUGGUCUUCGUGGACCCACGCAAGGACAGCGAGCGCUACGCCCAGGAGAACUUCAAGUCCUUCGUGUUCACGGAGACCCAGUUCACGGCCGUGACAGCAUAUCAGAACCACCGGAUCACGCAGCUGAAAAUCGCCAGCAACCCUUUCGCCAAGGGCUUUAGGGAGAGUGACCCGGACUCCUGGACUGCAUCUGCACAGCCCCUGCCCAGCGUCCCGGCCCGGAGUCACAGCAGCCUCGGGCCCUGCCUGCUGCGGGGCUGCACAGAGCAGGAGAAAGAUCCCAGCAAAGCUCCAGCUUCCACCUCCAGGAGCCCUGCUCGGCUCCACCACCAGCUGCUGGCCACCCCUGAGGCUCUGCUGGCCCCCGCCACCUACCGGGCCCUCGCCUAUCAGGACCUGUACCCUGGAGCCUCAAGCUCUCUUGGAAUCCCAAGGGCCCGGCCGACGCCAUAUCCCCUCCCCAAUAUCCAGGCUGACAGGGAUCAGGGGGGCCUGCCCCUCCCAGCUGGGAUGGGGCUCCUGGCUCCCACUGCCACCUGCCUGAGGUCUCAGCAGGACCCUCAGUGAUGAUGGGUACCCUGUGGACACAGUCCUCUUACCCUGGACCCCACGCCCUCCAGCCUCACCUCUGCAGAGACGCCCCGCCCUCCCCAAGGAGAGCAGUGAACACAGAAGCCCAGAGAGGGAGGCUACCUGCCCAGAAUCUCAGCAAGGCUGGGAUGGUGCCAGGCUAGGAACCAGGCCUCCUACUUCCCGACCUGUACCCUUCUGCCUUGGGGGUGACUCCUCCAGACCCUGCUCCCCCUCUUCCUUACCCCAAACAUUAAACCAUUUGGCAUGGGUGGUCAGAGCGCUUCUGUCCUCAGGGCUGAGGGUGGAGGGCCUCAGGGACACUCCAAUGCCAGAGCCUGGGCUGCACACCCCA